AGUGCCGUCCCGUCCCGCCCGGGCCAGUCCCUGGGUGCCGCCGGCCCCUCCCGCCAGGUGAGGUCGGGGCGGGGCGGGACAGGGCAGCGCCCGGCGCAGGGGGAGGCUGCAGCCCGGGCGUCCCGCGGCUUCACAAAACAGCGCGCGGAGCCGCGCAUCCGCCUCCUUUCUGCUUGCAGCUCGGCCUGGCCCGGCCAUGGAUCCCCGCGCAGCCCUGUGCCACUGGCUGCUCCUCGGCCUCCUGGCACUGAAUUUGUUUUGUGAAGCUUGCAAGAAAGUCACGUUUAAUGUUCCUUCUACACUAGAGGCUGAGACAUUAAUUGGCAGAGUAAAUUUGGAAGAGUGCCUGAGGUCUGCAGAAGCUAUCAGCUCAAGUGAUCCAAACUUCAGAAUUUUAGAAGAUGGUUCUGUGUAUACAACAAAUAUCACUACUUUGUCUGCUGAGAAAAAGACUUUUACCAUAUUGCUUAAGAAUAUCCAAACACGUGAACAAAAGAAGAUACAUGUUAAUUUGCUAUCAGAUCAAAGAGAGGAACAUAAGGCCAGACAUGCUAGAGAUACAGUCCUACGGCGAACAAAAAGAAGGUGGGGUCCCAUCCCAUCCCAUGUGAUGGAGAAUGGACUUGGACCUUAUCCACUACAAAUUCAACAGAUCCAGUCUGAUACAGCUCAGUACCACAAAAUUUAUUAUUCAGCAAGUGGACCUGGAAUUAAUGAAGAGCCAAAGGGUUUGUUUUACAUAGAGAGAGAAACUGGGAAUAUCUUCGUUACACGUGCAGUAGAUCGUGAACAAUAUCCAUCAUUUCAGAUAAUAUGCUAUGCAACCACAGCAGAUGGGUAUUCACCAGAGGUACCACUUGUGCAUACAAUCGUGAUAGAGGAUGAUAAUGACAAUCCCCCAUACUUUGUAAAUGAUCCUUUUGAGUUUUGUGUUCCAGAGAAUUCGAAGCCUGGGACAUUAGUUGGAACAGUGAUUGCAAAAGACUUAGAUGAACCUUUUACUCUGCACACCAGAUUGAGAUACCGAAUUGUGCCCAACAUACAAAGGCCUGGAACAUGCUCCGCAUUUGGUAUACACAGCGAGACAGGUGCAAUUACUUUAAUUUCACCAGCACCAGACAGAGAGAUGGUAGAAAAAUGUAUGGUCCAUGUAGAAGUAAGAGAUAUGGAUGGUCAGUCUUUUGGCUUGUGCAAUACAGGAACGGUUGUAAUUCAUAUUGAAGAUACAAAUGAUAAUGCACCACUGUGUGAAAAGAAGCCUCAGUGUAAUUAUGUAAUACAAAUAGAAGAAAACAGAGCAAAUGUGACACUAUUGAGAAUUCCUGUUUCUGAUGCUGAUAAGCCUUACACAAAGGCCUGGACUGCUCGCUUCUCCAUUACAAAGGGAAAUGAUGAUCUCGCUUUUACUAUUACAACUGAUAAAAAGACAAAUGAAGGGCUACUAUGUCUUACUAAGGGACUGGACUAUGAAAACACCAGACAGAGGACGCUUGAAAUUACAGUAAAUAAUGAAGACCCGUACAUAUUAGGCCCACAUUCAAGAAGACUGGCCCCAUGUGUAUGUACUAUUAUAGUUAACGUGGUGAAUGUUGAUGAGGGGCCAGUGUUCAAUCCUCUGAUAUUAUGUAUAGAGGCUCAUGACUGUGACAAAAUCGGAACAGUGAUUGGCAGAUACACAGCAAAGGACCCAGAAACUGGAAACAGUGAAGGCAUAUGCUAUCGAAUAGCACCUGGCCAAAGCGAUUGGAUCAACAUUGAUGAAAAAACAGGUGAACUCCGAACUAAUAAAGUUUUGGAAACAGACAGGGUAGGAAUGAAACGUGGUGAAAGUAAUAUUACAGUCCUGGCAAUCGACCGAAGUGGGAAAACAGGCACUGGAACAGUAAGGAUUAUUUUGAAAUGUGGGAACAAGACUCCCCCAAGAAUACUUAGGCCAAGAGACACAGCAUGCAGAGAUGGAAAGCCAGUUUGCUUUGAAAUAUUUGAUCCAGAUAAGGAACCCUAUGCUGCGCCCUUCAAAACCCGCAUUGCUGAUGAACAUAUGCAUUCAUUAUGGAAGACUAUACAAAAUGAUGAUAAAUCUAUAUGUCUGCAACCGAAAAAAAAUGCUCAGGUUGGAAGUUAUAAACUUCCUCUUGUAAUACGUGAUAAUGGAGGAAAGGAACAAUGCACUGAUGUUACAAUUGACCUCUGUGAUUGUACUAGUGAAGGGUACUGUAAAGAUAUCCCAGAGCCACGUCUCCCCACUGCACAAGACAAAUUCUCUCUUGGAGUAGGGGCCAUCCUUACCAUGAUCUUAGGAUCACUGUUACUGCUGUUAAUAUUGAUAACGCUUUGUGGCUGUUGGGGAACUGCAGCAGUAGGCAGAGAAGUGACUGAUGACUGUGCUAAUCACAACUUAAUUAUAUCAAACACAGAAGCACCUGGAGAAGUAGUGAUGGACCCAAAUAUAAUUCCUUUACAAGCUACAACAGUAAAUACUUGUGAGCAAGUGGCUGGCCUGGGCACAAUUGGACAAGGAAUGGAGCAACACAAUUUUGGAGGACAUCAGACCAUAGAAUCGGUCAAAGGAGUAAGCCAUCAGACCUUUGGAACAAUAAAGGGAGGAGGGCAAAAUAUGGAUUCAGGCAGAUACUCCUACUCAGAAUGGCACAAUUUUACACAUCCUCGUCUAGGUGAAAAAGUGCAUCUGUGCAGACAGGAUGAAGAGCUUAAGCAUUCAGAAGACUAUGUCCUUCCAUAUAACUAUGAAGGAAGGGGAUCACUGGCUGGUUCUGUAGGCUGCUGCAGUGAUCGGCAGGAAGAGGAAGCUCUUGACUUUUUAGAUCAGCUGGAACCCAAGUUUAGGACAUUAGCAGAAACAUGUAUAAGGAGAUAAGUGCAUUUAUCACAGUGCUGAAAACUGCAAAUAAAUGGAUGUUUUACUUUGCCAAUGCUAGUUGAUUUUGAACUUAAAUGCAGCAGAUUCUACUUUUUUUUUUUCUUUGUGAGGGGAGUGGUUUAUCAAAAGGCAUUAAGGGUUUUUACAAGAACAUAAAUCCUGCAUAAUUUGCCAUAGUUUAUAGAUAUUGAUCUAUAUUUGUUGUAUCCAAGAUAAAAGUUUUAAAGCACAUUGUUCUGUAUGACUACUUUAAUACCGCAAUAUGGGUUUCUAUUUUCUGUUCUUUAUUUGUCUGUAUAGCUUUAAGUAUUCAUAAAAAUUUCUUUUAUUUAGCUUUGGGGAUGGAAAGCUUUAUUUUAUUCAACUUUUUCCCCUUUACUUUUAUUAAAAAUAAAACAAAAAAAAAUAUCCCCAGAGUUUACUGGGAUAUAUCAGAAUACUUUACCCCAGUGUCUGACUUAGAUAAUCUGGGAUCCAAAAUAUUAAUUUUUCAGGAGUAAAAUUUCAGAAGAUACUAGGUUACUUUAUUAGAGGAAACUUUAUAUGUUAGUUGGAAAACAGAAGGAAAAAAAAGUAUUGUAUAUAUGUAACAUAAUAUUUAAAAUUUUAUUGACAUUCUUCUGGACUAGUAGCUACUACUAGCCUUGCUAUCAUGAAGAAUGUAGGUUAUAAGCAUUAUAUUUAAGUACAGCAAAAGCUGUGUUAUCCGGCACUUUAUCAACUGGAAAGCUUCACUAACUGGCAUCUGAGGGAUGUGGUUUUGCCACCGCAAGCCCAGUUCUUUUCCUUCACUUCUUCAGCCCCCCUCCCUGUCCCCUGGCACACUGACACCAGGGAGUGCACCAGACGGUGCAUAUUUGAUUAACUGGCAUCCCCCAUUCCCGGGGAUGCCGGAUAACAGAGCUUUUGCUGUACAUCUCUUUCUCUCUUUUUCUUUUCUUUUUUUUCUUUUUUCUUUUUUUAGAAGUAGUAAGCUUGUAGAUCAAGAUUUCAGAAUACAAGAGAUUGGCUCAUGCUUUCACAAGAUAACUACUGGACUGCAAAACCCUACGGACAAUUUCUUGCUUAUUUUAGAUUAAAUUUUUAUGUUAGUUGUUUGCUAGCUUCAGCAUAUCAUCAUAAAAUGCAUGUAAUUGGAAAGAAAAUGGAUCCCAUAAGGUUAUUUUUAAUCAGUCAUUUUGCUUAAUCAUUAAGGCUGCUUACAGACGUAAAAAAAUCCCCUCAAACCAAGAGCUUUACUUUAAGCUCUGUGUGUCCCAGCACCAAGCCCAGUACAUGCUCAGAAGAGGCAUUGCAUUAGUUGGACUCUGUUCACCCAGUGUCUUCAGUGGGGCUUUAGUGGGACUUUUAUCUAAUAGGCGAUUGAUGCAGCUUUAAAUAAAAAUGCCAAAAUGCCUUAUUGAAGCUCCUGAUCUAUACAGAUGCUUUGGAACUGAGUCAAAGUAAUGCACCAUUUCUUCCAGAAAAGCAGGUCCUCCCUUCCCCCCCUAGUCUAUCAGUGCCCUAAGUUUUUGUUUUGUUUUUCUCAGAGUCAAAUUCACCGAAACAUAGCACAAGUUUACUGGAGAUAACACUGAUUUUUUUUUUUUAUAGGAAAAUAUCAAAGGAUGAUGCCUGUAAUUACUAUGAGUAGGAAAUAUCCUAUUUUAGGAACUAAUAUGGAGUUGUUUGCUGUAUACACAAAAGAACAUAUGUAGAUGGGUUCCUAAUGAAAAUGAUAUAAAUAUAAAAAUAUUUGCCCUGGUGUAAUUAAUAUUAAUUUAUUAAAUAAUUAAAAGCAGGAAGUCUUGUGGGUGAUAUCUUUUACUGGAUCAACUGCCUGGUUGGGACAGACAUUAAUUAUACACAGCAUAUUAAGUUACAGUAACAACCACUAGGUCACAGCAAGAUAUAAACCACCAAAUCCUGAAUUCAGUAAGUUUUUAUUACUUACCCAGGAUAUUCAGUGUUAUUUCUUUUCUCAGGUGCUUCCAGGAUUCCUUUGUGCCUUAAAAAGUUCCUUUGCUGUUAUGAAAAAGAGAUAACUUUGUGCAAUUUAGUUUUAAUGUUUCUUUUCAGCAGUGUUGCUCUGUAAGCAUGCUUCAGGAUUUUUUUUAAAUGUACGAUUAAUAAAUUCUUUAAAACAAGCUCUUGAUGAUAAUAAAGUGUCACUUUGCUCUGAACCCAUGUGAAGAACCAUCACUGAUUUGAGAAUAACAAUGACUGCAGGCACCAGACUCUAACCAUCAGGGUAACUUUUACCAGUUUAGUAAAGCAGUUAAACAGUAUCUGGAGCAGAUGGACCAGCACCUCUUCCGCUAAUUGCAGAAGAUACUAUUACAACAGUUCACCACUUGAUUGAAAGGGCCUGUGUCAACAACUACACAGCUGUGAAUAGGAUAAAAUUCACAAGAUCCAAAUAUAUGUAAUCUGUACAUCAGCAUUCUUUUAGUAUAUAGUCACUCCUGAUUUUGAGGGCUAAUUUUACCAUGGAGUGAAGUGGCUUACAUAAAUGUAGAGCUGUGACCCUGUAUCUGUUCCACCAGUGUAAAUGUAUUGUUUGUCUGUACCCAGUGAUUUCAAUGCAUAGAUACAAGUCAGUGCAAAACAUUUAUUGUCUAAAGAGUUAGCUAGAAAGCUACUUAUCAAAGUAGCUUUUUCUUUUUCUCAUACUAUUAGUAGACAUGAGAAUAUUCACGAUAAGGUUUAGUUGCAAUUAAUAGCCUUCAUAAAUACAAAUGCUAAAUGUAUAUUUAUAUGUAAAUAAAUGUAUAUUCCAUCCAGGAAGAGCACACACCAACUGCUGAAACUUCCUUAACCUGACGAAGGGUUUUUGAACCUGAAAGCUUGCUUAAUAACUAUUUUCCAACUAUUUGGGUUGGUUUAAUAAAAUAUAUCAGAUUCACCCAAGGAACCUUGUCUGCAAAUAUAUAUUAAGUAAUUUAUACAAUCUUUUAGACUGGGGAGGUGAAUUUACCCUGAGUAGUCUCUACUGCCAACAAGAAAAGCAAGAUCAAGGUAUUAUGAACUAAUUUUGUAACAGUAAUAGUAAAUUUAAGCAAUGCUGUGAACAACCACUCCUUGUCAUUUGCAUCCUUGAGUCUUUGUACACUAGAGAUUAGUUGCUGAACCCUGUAAACUGGGAUAGUUCCACUGACUUAAAUGGAGUGUGCUGAUUUUUACACCAAAGAUCUGGCCCUGAUGUUCUAACUAGCUUCCUUUUUGUUCUUAUGAAGUAUGUUCAAUUUUAGCAGUGGGUACUUUAAGAUUACUCACUUUUUUUCCCUGGGGGUCUUAUUUUUAGUAAUAAAUUUUAAAAAAUUCUGUGGCUCAUAAAUGUCCUGGAUAUUUUAUAUACACUCUUUAUAAUUACUACAGAAGCACCAAAAUCCCUCUGGAACUAUAUGGUUUCACUAGUAAAAACAAAAUAAACACCAGAGCAACACUUUACAAACUAAACUAAAUCAAAUUUGCCCAUGCUUCAUAUACUUGGAAAUUGGUACAGGAAGUGUUUGAACUUCAAAAACUGCAGGAUAAUAAUUAAUUCGAAACAGACCACUUUACAUUGACAUUAAAAUAACAGUAAAACAUGUUUCUAUUCUUUUAGUUUUUGUGAAGCUUGGCUCUUCUAAGCCUAAAUUUGGGGCCAUGUGUAUCUCAGAAUUAAUCUGUAAAUCUUAUGACCUUUUCCUGCACAGCCAACAUAAGGGAAAAUAUAAUAUAAUAUAUUUGCUAAUUCUGAGAAUUUGAGAAAAUUGUAUAAAGCAAACAAAAUAGUGUUUCAAAAUGUGUUCUUACUGAUUAUUAUUGGUCUUGGAUAAACUUGAAAUAGAUUUGUUCUUUUCAGCUGAGCAGUUUCAAAAGCUGUUCAGUUGUUAAAAUAUUACCUUGUUUAACAUCAUGUUUUGAUUGUAUUUUGUAACGGUAAAUAAUAAAGUGGAUUUUUGCAAAAUAA